AUGCCCAACUACGUCAAGAAAGCACGAACCGAUGUCGACAAGGGCUUAGACGAAGGUACGACAGUGUUUGCCUCUCUGUUCAAGUCAGACCUGCCACCGAGCGAGAAGACUCUUCAGCGUAUGACAGACGAAGGCUUUUCUCUCUUUGCGGCUGGUACAGAGACAGUCAGCUGGGCUUUGGCAGUCACCACAUACCACCUUCUCACCAGGCCGGCGAUGCUCGAAAGACUCACCGCUGAAGUGAGCCAAGUCGUUGACAGUUCCGGAGAGCUGCCGUCCUGGACUGGGCUAGAGAAGCUUCCGUAUCUGGGUGCUGUCAUUCACGAGGGUUUGCGACUCUCGUACGGUCUUGCGAGUCGAACGUCUCGCAUUCCCACCGGGGAAGAUUUGUUCUAUCGUGGCGAAUGGACUCCUAAAGGCAGGCAGACAUCGACCCACGUGGAGUAUGUGAUACCAAGAGGAUUCGCAAUCGGCAUGUCCUCAGUGAUCACGCAUCAUGACGAAAGCUCUUUCCCGGAUUCGCACUCUUUCGUGCCGGAACGAUGGUUGGAUGAGACAAAUCAGCACAGAAAAGAGCUCGAUCGCUCCCUCCUUGCAUUCUCGAAAGGAAGCCGGGGCUGUAUUGGCAUAAACCUCGCCUAUUGUGAGCUUUAUCUGCUUCUCGCCAUGUUGGUUGUCCGUGUUUUCCCGCACAUGAAAUUGCAUGAGACUACCGAGGCAGACAUUGCUUAUGACCACGACUUCUUCAAUCCAUUCCCAGUGGGGACAAGUAAGGGCGUAAGGGCAAUUAUCAUUGACUGA